AUGAAAGCUGGUCCACUAGCCCACGACCAGAACAGAAUCUGCAUUGUUCCGCCUGUAAACGAGGUUCGACAAUUGGGCAGAGCCUCCUCUCCAGCACCCUCAAGUAAACUUUCCCCUGGGAGGCUGAUAAGGGUGAUAGUAGGAGCACACCCCAAUCUCAUCCGCCCUGGCGCCUUGCCACAGAGGAUCUUUCUGACUGCCUCAGUGGUCUCUGCCAAUGUUAGUGGAAAGGCUUCACCUGGAGCUUCAGACUCUGCCUGGACAUGUUUUCUGGUUUCAGGAGUUCCUCAAAGUAUUCCUUCCACCGCCCAACGAUGUCCCCAUCUGGGUCAGCAGCUCUCCACCCCUGCUGAUAAGAGCCUGGGGCAAACCUUGCUUUCCCCUCCUAGCAUUGUCUUUCGAUUAACCCGUUCUUCCCGGAAAAAAAACCCCCUAGGGAUUACUCCGAGGCAUUACACGCGAAUUGAUUUGAGCGCAGGAAACUGUCCGAGCCUGAUUAUGGAUUUACCUGUCAUCAUUCUGCUCCUCCACCUGGCACUGACCGAGAUCAAAGCGCUGCUGACCAGUAGGGUGGCAUUAACAUCUGGAUGCCCCCUUGGCCACUUCCCAUGUGGAAACAUGAGUGAAUGCCUCCCUCAGGCUUUGCAGUGUAACGGACACAAAGACUGUCCCAAUGGAGCUGACGAGCGACGCUGUGGGGACAACAUUGGAUGGGCGGACUUAUUUGGUCAAACACUACAGAAUGCCAAUCCUAUGGAGCAGUAUUUCCUAAAUGAGUGUUUACUUCAGGAGUAUCCAGAGAGUUGUGAUUGCAUACACACAGACGUGGAGUGUGUGGAGGUCAACCUGCAGGAUGUUCCCUCCCUCUCUCCAAAUGUCACCUGGCUCUCGCUGAGGAGCAAUGAGAUCCGAGUGUUAUCAGAUUUGGUUUUCUCUGAAUACUCUGCCUUGGAGAGACUGUUUCUGCAGAACAACAGUUUGCAGCAUAUAUCCAAAAAUGCCUUCAGCGGUCUGCACAACUUAAAGCGGUUGUUCCUCAGUGAGAACUUGAUAGCCUCACUUAGUCCCGGUGUGUUCAGGGAUCUCUAUCAGCUAGAAUGGCUGAUGUUGGAUCACAACCCACUGAGCAUCUUGUCCCAGGAUUCCUUCAUUGGGCUCCAGUCUCUCAUGUAUCUGUCCAUGGUCGACACCUUAUUGCAACAGCUUCCUCACCCGAGCUUCUGUCAACACAUGCCUGCCUUGGACUGGCUGGAUCUUGAGGGAAACCAGAUUCAAAACCUCAACUUCUCCAUCCUAAAGACUUGCAGCAAGCUCGAGGUUCUGUUACUGAUGGACAACAGGAUCAGAAGAGUUCCUGAAAACACCUUCCAGUCUCUGUGGAAACUGGCUGAACUGAAUCUGUCCAGCAACAGGAUAAAGGAGCUUCCCAAAAACACCUUCAAGAGCCUCUCUAAGUCGCUCCUUAAACUAAAUAUUUCCCACAACUCUCUUCUCCGUAUUGACCCCAGCCACUUCAGCCACCUGACACAUCUUCAGUCUCUGGCGCUGGAGGGGAUAGAGAUCCCAGAUAUCCAGACCAAAAUGUUCCUGCCCAUGAAGAACCUCUCCCACAUCUACUUUGAGAAGUUCCAGUACUGCUCCUACGCUCCUCAUGUCAGGUCAUGUAAGCCCAACACAGAUGGCAUCUCAUCCUUUGAAGACUUGCUGGCUAACAUGGUGCUGCGGGUGUCUGUCUGGGUCAUGGCAUUCAUUACCUGCUUCGGUAACCUCUUAGUCAUCGGCAUGAGGUCACUGAUACGAGCCGAGAACAACCUGCAUGCUGUCUGCAUCAAAGUCCUCUGUUGUGCAGACUGCCUCAUGGGUGUGUAUCUCUUCUUCGUGGGAGUGUUUGAUGUGAAGUUCCGGGGGCAGUACAAUCGUAACGCUCUGCUGUGGAUGGAGAGCAUGGAGUGUCGGACCAUUGGAUUCCUGGCCAUGCUAUCAUCAGAGGUGUCUGUCCUUCUUCUGACCUACCUGACUCUGGAGAAGUUUCUGGUCAUUGUUUUUCCCUUCAGCAAUCUGCGCCCAGGCAAACUUCAGACUGGGGUGGUCCUGGCCUCUAUCUGGCUGCUCGGGUUCAUUAUUGCUGCUGUGCCCCUCAUGAACGAAGACUUGUUUGGAAACUACUACGGCCGAAAUGGAGUGUGCUUUCCUCUGCACUCUGACAGGCAGGAAAAAGCUACCGCCAGAGGAUAUUCAACAGGGAUUUUUCUGGGGCUAAACCUGGUGGCAUUCCUGGUGAUCGUCUUCUCCUACUCCAGCAUGUUCUACUCCAUCUAUAAAACCGGCAUCAACGCCACAGACCUGAGGAGCAGACUGCACAGAGACGUGGCCGUGGCCAACAGGUUUUUCUUCAUAGUAUUCUCUGACGCCCUCUGCUGGAUUCCCAUAUUUUUGGUGAAAGUCCUCUCAUUAUUGGAGGUGGAGAUACCUGGCACCAUCUCCAGCUGGGUUGUCAUUUUCAUCCUUCCCAUUAACAGCGCUUUGAACCCCAUCCUGUACACGUUGACGACCAGCUUCUUCAGAGAGCAGGUGGAACUCUUACUCUGUCGUUGGCAGAGGAGACACAACUUGAAAAAAGACCGUAAAAGCCUCACCUCCUCCACCAUCUUCAUGGAGACACAGAGGGCUCCUUCAUACCAGCCGUCAGCCUACAUCCAGCAGGCAUCACUGACCGGGCCAGACCCUCGUUACGCCUGAGGGAGGAAGGAACUUUACCUGGCAAACAAACGGGUCAGGCACCGACAGCUGGAGGCCUUUUAACAUGUUCAAAUGAGACAGGACUGUGUGUUAAGAAGUUUACACUUUUAUCAUCCCACAAAUAAAAACAGUGAUCACCUUGGGGGUCUUGCUCAAAGUCAAAUAAACUUGUGGACACAAUGAGCACAGGAUCGAAGCCCCAGCCUCAUGAUUGGUGGAAGACUCUUUGCACUUCUUCAGCUACAGUCUCCCCUGAUGUGAUGCUAAACAGACUGCACUAAGGAAUGCAAAAAAAAGAAAAGAAAUAAGACUUGCACUUCAUAAAAGCAGAAAUCAAGUAUAUACUAUGUAAAUAUCUCUCUG